GCAGCGCCGUGGUGUGAUGCUCCAGUGCUGCUGAAGCUCCCGAUUGGACCUCUGGAGAAGAGGGAUCGAAGGGGGAGGUGCAUAUUGUGUCAUCUGUGGCGGUCUCUGACCUUUGAUGGGGUCUGGGUCCCGAGGCCGAGCUGGUUUCAUGGGGAGCCGGGGUUGGGAUCGUGACCGUUGAGGAUGGUUGAGGGCAUCUACACGAGCCAAGUGCCCGCGGUGCGCAAGCCCCUUGUCUACCCGCCGCUGCCCAUGAGCAAGCGUGAAACCAUUGCCGUCACAAAGUUUAUCGUGCAAAAACGCCUCGAUGAGAUCAAGGCCCUGCGCGCGGGUCAUGAGCAGGGCGAUGCUCAGGGCAAGAAGAAAAAGGUCACGCUGGAACAGCGCUUGGACGUGCUCAACAAGCAACGCUCAACCCUUGAAGCAAAGCUUGAAAAGCUCAAGCAAGAAAAACACGAAGCUUUCGUGACCUUUCGCAAGUUGCUGAAGCAAGAGGAAGCCGAGCGCCGAGAGCGCGAAGCUCGUGAAGCUGCCCAACGCCUACUUCAAGAACCCUCGUGGAUAUGGUUCGCCGCUGCCCCAGCGGGCCAAGACCUUCUCAAGCGGGCCCACCACACCCACUGGUCAGAUGGUUGCGCUCACUUCCCACCGUCUACCCUUGGCACCGCCCUUUUCCUCACUCGCGUCUCACUAUAUGGCUCAUACGUAGGCCGCAUCGGGCCAGGUCUGGGCCCAGGCCCAAGCCCCGGGGCAGGGUCGGUGCCACCCCCUCCCCCACCGCUGCGCGCCGGGGGAAACGCCACGCCCACCAACAGCCCCGGUAUCAUGCCGACUUCGGGACCCGUCAGUACCAGCGGACCUGUCCUCAACCAGGGCCCCUCAAGCCCCCUCAUCAAGGCAAGAAGUGGUCCUGUGGCAUCGGGUGCACCUUACAGUGCGCCGAGCAUGGGGCGUGCGCCGCUGGGAGCGGGCCCUGGUCGGCCCGGCCCAUUGCUGGAAGCGGGAGGUCGCUAUGAGCGUAGCCGAAUGGCAUCCUCCCCCGCGGCAGGAUACCCACCAUCACGGCCCGUGCCGGUGGGUGGACCCUUGAACGAGCAUCGUAGCCCGGGAUCGCCCAGUGUGAUUGCCCCCAACCCUCCGCGUUUGAGCAGCAAUAGCAGCAGUGCCUUGGCCACUGCAACCACCAUGCCAUCUGGCCCCGUGAGCGCCAAGCCUCGCCGCCAGGGCUCUCGUUGGGAUUCGGUGGAAGAGCGGACGAGCGGUCCAUCGACGCCAACGUUGUCGCGCCUGCAGCCAUCGCCGUUUCGUGCCAAUGAUGCAGGACCAGGAUCCAGCCCACUGCCGCCUCCAGGGCGCAGCGAAGCCAUGGGAGGGCCCGCGCCGCGCGGCUUGCUCGAGCAAGGAGGCGACCCAAUUCGCACGUACACGGAACGUGAUCACCCACGGUCACCUCGCUUUGAUCGUGGAUACGAGCGCGGUCCCGACCGUGGUCCCGACCGUGGCCCCGACCGCAGUCUUGAUCGUGGCUUUGAUCGCGGGUUUGACAGGGGGGUCUUUGAACGCGGACCAAACGCACCCUCAGGCCAUCCUCACAUGGCACCGCCAGCAGGUGAGCGCCCACCGCGCGGUCCACCCGCGCUGGGGGACCGGCCAGGACCUGCAGGUCCCAUGGGCGGUGGAAGCCAUGCGGAUCGCGCCUUCCCAGACCGUCCUCAUCCCGGCGGCCCUCCAUACCGAGGCGAGCGACAAGCAGGCCCACCGUUCCAUGGCGAUCGGGGCCCUGCAUUCGGGGAUCGCCACCACGACUCCUUUCCGCCCGAUCGCCGAUACCCGGGCGGGGGGGCCCUGGAUCGUGGGUUUGGGGGCCCGCCGCCGCCGGGCGAGCGCUUCCCCAGUGACCGGGAACGCUUUCAUGGGGGUCCGCCUCCAGAUCGCAACUACUCUCCCUCGCCAGCUGGGCGCUUUGGUCCACCCAGCGGGCCCAGCUCACGUUAUCCAUCACAAAUGACCGCUCGCACAAUGCGCGAGACGGGAGGACCGGCCGAGCCGCUCCGCGAUGAUGCCUUGCGGUAUGGGUCCCCCGGGCCUUCGGGGGACCGCCGUGGGAGUUGGGAACGGGGUGAGCAGGCCCCUCGAGCACCCGUCAGCGGCCCCGUGGGGUCGGGUGCAUACUCGCGCUUGUCGACUGGGAGCGGCAGCUAUGGAAGCAUGCCGCCUGGACGGGAGCUCCCGGCAUCCCCAGGCGGUGCUCCGUCUGCCUACCGGCAUGGCUACCCCCCUCACUACGGCCCACCUGGCGCGGGUCCGGGUGCACCCGAAGCAACGAGUGGGAGUGCCAAAAGCGCCAAUCCACCAGGCAGCAGCAACGGUUAUUACGCGCCCCACCGUUCCCAGUAUCGGUAAUGAGCUGGGCGGAUGGGGAUUUUGUUUUCGCAUCGCAUCGCCCCGCCUCUCCAUGCAGUGCCGUACUCUUGUCUACUGCAAGCUCGCUAGAAGCGUCUUUUGUUGUGUGUUGUCCAACCAAAAGCCAAACUUGAACCCGUCCCUUUC